AUGCUGGGUCGUCGCCUGUUCACGGCCCUCGUCGGCCCCACCUUCUACCGGCAGUUCGUGGGCGGAUCAUCGCUGCCCGAGAUGCAGGCCUGCGUCGGUCAACUGCGGAGCGCCCAAGUGCGUCCCAUGGUCGCCUGUCCGCUGGAGGAAGAAGGCGAGGCAACGGACGUCGAGCCAAGCGACAGCGCGACGGGCUUGUACGAGCGGAACGGCGAGGCCAUCCUGAGGUGCCUGAACGUGACCGCUCAACUGGGUCCCGGAACUCCGCUGAUGCAACUCAAGAUGAGCGGGCUUCUGCCAGCGUCCGUGCUGUGUCGGCUCGGCAGCGUCUUCGAGUCAUCACCCUUUCCGGAGAAGGUCAUCGGCCAGGUCGCCAAUGCCAUGGAACGUUCCCACACUGAGGUAUGUCUGAUUUCCCCUGCAUCGCAAAAUCCGUCGGACGACUGA